UGGCAAUUGGGGCCGAGGCGGGGAGGCCCCCCCCUGCCCCCCAGCAUGGAGCCGGCCGCCCGCGCGGGCCCUCGCGCAGAUGAGAAUGGGAUGGGAGCUGACAAUGAGGAGGCCGGGCUAGCUCAGAACGCUCCUAAGACGGUGGAAUCUCUCAUGGCAUUAACAGGCAGGUUCAGAGAGCGUGAUUCCCAGGGUCCUGGCAAAGAGGAUUCCUCUGGGAGUCCGAGCAGGACACAGUGGCAGCAGGGAGACACUGUAGGGAAGAGACAGAGUAAAUCUGACUGGGGCCAGCCAAAGAGCCAACCAAGAGAGAAGCCCCAUCAGUGUCCUCAAUGUGGGAAAAGUUUUGGGCACAGCUCACACCUUAUUACGCACUGGAGAGUCCAUACAGGAGAGACGCCCCAUCAAUGCGCCGAAUGUGGGAAGAGGUUCAAGCACAGGUCCUCCCUCAAUACGCACCAGAGAGUGCACACGGGAGAGAGGCCCCACCAGUGCCUCGAGUGCGGGAAGAGCUUCCGGCACAGCUCCCACCUGAUCACGCACCGGAGAGUCCACACAGGCGAGAAGCCCCAUCAAUGCGCUGAGUGCGGGAGGAGAUUUCGGCACAGCUCUUCCCUUAACACACACCGGAGAGUGCACAUGGGAGAGAAACCCCAUCAGUGCGCUGAGUGUGGGAGGAGAUUCCGGCAGAGCUCGCACCUGAUCACCCACCAACGGGUUCACACUGGAGAGAGACCCUACCAGUGCGCCGAAUGCGGGAAAACCUUUGCUGGCCACUCCGCGUUCGCCACCCACCAGUGGAUCCACACCGGAGAGAAGUCCCACGCGUGCGCCGAGUGUGGGAAGCGGUUCCGGCACAGCUCCUCCCUCCAUGCCCAUCGCAGAGUGCACACUGGAGAGAAACCCCAUCAAUGCGCUGAGUGCGGGAGGCGCUUCCGGCAGAACUCGCACCUGAUCGCGCACCGGAGGGUCCACAUGGGGGAGAGCUCCUUCCGCUGCCCGGGGUGUGGGAAAGGAUUCAGCCACGGCACAGACCUCAUUCGACACUGCAGGAAGGUUCCAGUGACGUUUGCGGAUGUGGCGGUGCACUUCACGGCGGCAGAGUGGGCCCUUCUGGGCGAGAGGCAGCGGGCGCUCUACCGGGACACGAUGAUGGAGAACUAUGGGAACGUGGCCUCUCUGGGGAUUCCCGUUCACAAGCCGGACAUCAUCUCCUGCCUGGAGCGAGGAGAGGAGCCCUUUGUCCCAGCUGCCCAGGGCCUUGAGGAACCAGAGAUCCUGAGAGGCAUCUACACAGGUGAGGGAUGA